AUGCGUUUUGAGCAUGCUAUCAUCACUGCGGCGAUUUCCGGUCUAGCGGCUGGUCAGACGCUGAAUAUCCCCACUCGAGUCGGAUCUAUUGUAUCUCUUGCGUCUCCCAGCGUCAUCUCGGGCUCCAAGGACUUGGGAAACAAGGAGUAUGAUCGUGGCCGUUCUUGCGACACAGACGCCGAUACCGGCAGCGAUAGCGCAGUCUUCAUUCUUGAGAACGGCGCGACGCUGAGUAACGUCAUCAUCGGUACCAACCAGCUUGAAGGCAUUCAUUGCAAAGGCGCCUGCACUUUGAAGAACGUAUGGUUUAGGGAUGUCUGCGAGGAUGCCAUUUCGGCGCUCGGAACAGGAGAUGUUCUCAUUGAAGGUGGCGGAGCUCAAGAAGCAAAGGACAAGGUCGUCCAGCACAACGGUCGUGGCACUGUUACCAUCAAGAACUUUACUGUCGUGAACGCUGGAAAGCUCUACCGUGGCUGUGGAGACUGCACGAACAACGGAGGCCCUCGCAACGUUGUCAUCUCGGGAGUCAAGGCCAAAGGUGUCUCUGAGCUCGUUGGCAUCAACUCUAACUACGGUGACACUGCAAACAUCCAGAGCUCGUGCGGAUCUGGCGUUAAGAAGGUCUGCCAGGAGUACAAGGGUGUCAACAAGGGUGACGGUGAUAGCAGCAAGGUCUCCACUACCGCAAACUGUAAGGGACAGACGAGCUUCUCAGCUUGCUAG